CACCCAGAAUUUGGAUUCAGGUUCUACAGAGGAAUCCUUCUAAUCUAAUUUUCUCCAUUCACAACACCAGGAUUGUCAGGGUUCAAAUUCUAUCUCACUGAAUCAACUGUUAGUUGGACUUGUGUUCAAAGAAAAAACAAGAAAAGAAAAUCAAUGUCCAAGGAGUGAAAAACAUAGCUUUGAUUUCUGAAAGAGAGACCGGAAAACGGGAAGUAUUAGAAGAGCCCACUGGUCGUGAACGAAAUAAAGGAUGAGUGCUAGCGGCUUGGUUGCAGACUCGGUGUGGAAAACCAUUGAGUCAACUCGUUCAGUGACUGAGGAUCAGCUCUCAAUCUUACAUUUCGUGUUUGGUAAAAACUUUGAGAGAGCAACUCGAAUAGUUGAUCAAAGAGGUGUCAAGAGAAUCUACGGUGAGCCCAGCGGUCGUUGCAUUUUUCAGGUGGUGGGAGAAUCACGGAGAAAGGAGGAGUACUUUUGUUUUCCAGAACAAUAUUGUGCCUGCUACUCAUUUUUUUAUGAUAUUGUAAACAGAGGAGAGCAACUUUGCUGUAAGCAUCAAUUAGCUGCAAGGCUUGCAGCAGCACUAGGAACAUGUCUCAACGUUAGAGUGUCAGAUGAGCAACUAGCACUAUUACUUGUGAAACUCUAGUGUUUGUAGAUAGAAGAGUUUUGACUUUGAAGACAAAGAGGUGCAGUCCCAGAAAAUCAAAUUGAAAAGCAUCUGUCAGGCUCUGAUCAUAAGAAACUGCUUCCAGGGUUGCUUGCCCAAGCUACAUGAAAGACGUGGGACACACCUGGAAGAUUGGAAAGCUUUUCAAGGGUUUCUUCUUCGCUUUACACUUCGUACUGGUUUCAAUUUGAUGAUCAGCCAGCCAGAUUGGCUGCAGUCAGCGUGCCUCACCAUAAUCUUCCAGAGGCCACCUGGGGUAUUGGCAAUCUUCCAGAGGCCACCUGGGGUAUUGGCAAGGGGCAGGAUUUCUGCCAGGUUGUUGCCAAAUAUGCUGAUGACCCCGCACUUUGGAAAUUUGCCGGCACAUCAUUCUCUUCAAAUUUUUUCUGUGGUUUGUUAGCGUAUUGUGAUAUGAAUUGGAUCUAUAAAGAAUACAAGGGAUUAAAUUCUUUACUUUUGGCUGCACUUAUGGCGCCUGUCCACCACCACCUCAUUUGUAGGUGCACCUAUGUGCAUACACAGUUUUGUAGGAAAUAUGGGGACAGGCAGGAGAAAGGGAGUAGCGGUUGUUAAAAUGGGCUCUCUGUAGCUUUAUUUAUGUGGUCUAUAUGUGGAUGGGUGCUGAAAAAUAUAUUGUGACAUUGGUAGCUUAAGCACUCACUCUCGGCACGAUUUUGCUGACAGAUAUCCAAGCAGUUAUUUUCUAGUUGGAUUAUGUGUACAUAACAAAUCUCUUGGCCAAGUUCCUUGUAAUAUUGGAAUGUCGCAACAGUUAUUUUA